AUGCCUUUCCCUUUCUUCCCCACGGAUAUUCCGGUCAACCGAGAAGAAGUAGUGGUGGUGGCGUUGGUAGAACCACCCGCAGAAGCCAACCACUGCACAUUCCGUUUAGUCAUUGCAUCUUUCUACAAAUGCAUAGCCCACAUCGUUAAUAUACUGGAACCUCUCCAUCGACUAUGGAUCAACUAUUACCUUCCAACAUUCGGAGAAUCAGCUGUGAUCAUGCCCCCAUCCCCACUUAGCUUUAUCAUCACCAGUUUAUAUGCUUUUGCAGACAUCAAGUCGCAAGGAUCUGAAUUUCCUUUCAAUACGCACCCUAGGUCCAUCAAUGUAGCUAUUACCAGUCUGCUUUUUUAUGGUUUAGCUUCUGGAGCUGAACAUUUCAUUUGUGUGUCACGUCUGGGUCCCACAUCAGUUUAUGCCAUUAUUGCUCGCUUAGGGAGGAUAAGUUGUUUGUGCGUUUUGGUGGCAUCUUUAGCAUCUUUGUUCUAUCUUUGA